AUGGCUAGAGACAUCCAGGGCCACUUGCUGUUCGAAAUCGCGACAGAGGUCGCCAACCGGGUGGGCGGUAUUUAUUCGGUGUUGAAGUCCAAGGCGCCGAUCACGUGCUCACGCUACCGGGACAAGUACACGCUUCUGGGGCCGCUGAACCGGGCGACGUACCAGACAGAGGUCGAGCCUAUGGACUGGCGUGAUCCGCACACGUUUGAAGCGCGCGGCGUGAACACCCCGGAGAUCCGCACGGCGCUCGAAAACAUGAGCAGCCGCGGCGUGCAUUUCGUGUAUGGGCGCUGGCUGAUCGAAGGGGCUCCGCGCGUCAUUCUAUUUGACCUGGACACGGUAAGGUGCCAUCUGAACGAGUGGAAAUCAGACCUGUGGAACAUUGCCGGGAUACCCUCAACGGACAACGACUCAGAAACCAACGACGCUAUUUUGUUGGGCUACGUGGUGGCCUGGUUUCUCGGGGAAUUGGCGCAUCUAGACCAGCGCCAUGCGAUAGUGGCGCAUUUCCACGAGUGGUUGGCCGGUGUAGCGCUCCCAUUGUGUCGUAAAAGGCGCAUUGACGUCGUGACUAUUUUCACCACCCAUGCCACACUGCUGGGCCGCUAUCUGUGUGCUGGUAAUGUGGACUUCUACAACAACCUCGACAAAUUCGACGUGGAUUCGGAAGCUGGAAAAAGAGGCAUUUACCACCGUUAUUGCAUAGAGCGUGCAGCUGCUCAUACAGCAGACGUGUUCACCACAGUGUCGCAAAUUACCGCUUACGAAUCCGAAUUUCUGCUCAAGCGCAAGCCAGACGGCAUUUUACCCAACGGGAUCAACGUGGUGAAGUUCCAAGCGGUUCAUGAGUUUCAAAACUUGCAUGCUUUGAAAAAGGAAAAGAUUGAUGAGUUUGUCCGUGGUCAUUUCCACGGCCACUACGACUUCAAUCUGGACAACACGCUGUAUUUCUUCAUUGCAGGCAGGUACGAAUACAGAAAUAAAGGUGCCGAUAUGUUCAUCGAGGCUCUUGCUCGUCUAAACUAUCGUUUGAAAAUGGCUAACUCCAAGAUGACUGUGGUGGCUUUCAUCAUCAUGCCUGCCAAGAACAAAUCUUAUACUGUUGAUGCAUUGAAAGGACAAGCCGUCGUCAAGUCUUUAGAAAAUACUGUGAAUGAUGUUACAUCCCUCAUUGGUAAAAGGUUGUUUGAAUAUGCAAUGCGCAACCCAGAUGGAGUUGGAAGUGAAAUCCCAACUGAACUGGACCAACUGCUCAAGCCUUCUGACAAAGUGUUACUGAAAAGAAGGGUGCUGGCUUUGAGAAGACCAGAGGGCUCUCUACCUCCAGUUGUAACCCACAACAUGGUUGAUGACUCUCACGACCCAGUUUUGACCCAAGUCAGAAGGGUUCAACUCUUCAAUCAUUCCAAUGAUCGUGUUAAAGUCAUUUUCCAUCCUGAAUUUCUGAACGCUAAUAAUCCCAUCUUGUCCUUGGAUUAUGACGAGUUUGUGCGCGGUUGUCACUUGGGCGUGUUCCCUUCGUAUUACGAACCAUGGGGUUACACUCCAGCAGAGUGUACCGUGAUGGGAAUUCCUUCUGUGACAACUAACCUUUCUGGGUUUGGUGCCUAUAUGGAAGAUUUGAUCGAGCAGGACCAAGCUAAGGACUACGGUAUCUACAUUGUGGAUCGCCGCCAUCAGAGUGCUGAUGAAUCUGUCGAGCAGCUCGUUGAUUACCUCGAGACCUUCACGCAAAAGACUCGUAGACAAAGAAUCAAUCAAAGAAACAGAACCGAGAGACUGUGUGACUUGCUGGACUGGAAACGCAUGGGCCUCGAGUAUGCUAAGGCUAGGCAACUGGCGUUACGCAGGGCGUACCCAGACUUGUUCAAGGCUGCUGUGGGUGAAGAGGUUAGUGACACUAGCAUGAAUUCACUCGCCGGAGGGAAGAAAAUCAAGAUCUCCCGUCCAUUGAGUGUUCCAGGCUCUCCCCGCGACCCAAGGGCCGAGAGCAUUGGCAGUACCGUUUUAAUGACACCAGGCGAUUUGGGUACCUUGCAAGAUGCCAAUAAUGCAGACGAUUAUUUCUACCUGAGCAUGGGCGUAGAGGACGAAGAGGAAGAAGAAGUGAACUAUUUGGCUACUGCCGAGUGA